UUUUUCCCAAAGGAGAUGCUAGUUGGGCAGAACUUGGCGCUCUAGUGUUCGGGCACCGGCGAUUGGUGGUCGCGCUGGGCGCUCUGUUUAGGGUCACUGAUGGUUAGAAUUGGCUCUGAACAGCAGUGAUUGGUGAUUUAGUGCUCGGCGCUCAGGAGAAUUGAUUGGUGGAUUUCUCUGCAUCGUUCUUAUCAGAGAUGGAUCCCGCCGAAUUGGAUAAUUUGUGUUCUCAUCUUCAUUCAAAAAUUUCCAUUAUCAAGAAGACUCUGCAGCUUCGGAAAAUAGGGCAGGAUCCGCCCCUGAGGAAUGCACUCAGUAAAGUUGCCCAUGAACUUCAUUUGCUGUGUGAACUCCUCAAUAAACUGGAAACAGAAGUUCAUUAUCAGGAAACCAUUGCCAACUCUUUGAAGGAGCUACAGAUCAACCUUGAGAAAGAUUUCAAAGCAGCAUCGCACCUUAACGAGAAUAUUCCUGUCCACCUUCCCAAGAAAGGCCCCAGCAGCAGUCCAGGUGGAAAUGAAGCCGCUCCGGUGGAAGUAAAGGCCGUUGCUCCAGUGCCGGUGAAGAAACCCAUCAAAGAUAAACAUGUCAUCAAGGAGAUGGAGCUGAUAACGGUGCAGGAGUUCGAAAGUGUCCCUGCAUAUCUGAAGAACCGUUUAACUUACGAUCAGAUUAACUGCCUUAUUGAGGAAAUCAACAAGGCUGUUGUGGGAAAAUACAAGAUCAUGCAGCAGCCGCUGAAAACUCUGAACAAUUUGGCCAAGAAGCAACUCGGACGGUUUAAAGAUGACGAAACAAAAGAUACAAAAGGUCAGUUUUUUAUUGUAGAUCAAGAUAUCAAAGAAUUCACCCAGCAGAAGGUGGAUAAAAGAUUCCAUGGAAUGCUGAACAUCCUGCGACAUUGCCACAGAAUGCGGGAGAUGCGCGGUAAAGGAGUAGUGCGCUAUGUGAUCUGUUAAUUGCCAAAACCCGCACCAGUAACCAUUCAAAUUCUUCUUCCUAUCGGGAAGUCAUAAACAUUUAUUGAAUCGUACAAAUUAAAAGGAGGCUGUGCCGAGACAAUACUUUGGCUCCCCGGCCGUUGAUAUAAAAGUUCCUGUACUUUGAAUUACUGAUUGGGAAUUCUGACUCUACCUUAAUGUUUUGUUUCAGAUAGAGAAGUAAAGUGAGCCUUUAUCUGGAUUUUAUUGCUGUCCCUAUUGGGGUGAUUUUCCCACUACUUUCUGUCAGCACAGAAGUGAUAGGAAAAAGGCAACCCUAUUUUUGGUAGAGCUGGGAAUGGUUUGAAAUUCUGUGACAGUGGAUUGUAUUACUGAUGAUGCCCAUAACGCACGUUUCGUACACAGGCGUUACAGGGACAGAAAGUCAAAGUAUAAAAUGAGAUCACAGCAGUGGUAGUUGGUGCUCCAUCGGUCGGUGGGGGGGCAGACCUGACCAGACCACGGAAACCCUUAGACCCCUUUCACACGAGGAGUUUUUCAGGCGGUACAGCGCUAAAAAUAGCGCUGCUAUACCGCCUG